AUGACGAUGAAGAUGUCGAGAAUUGGCGGCAGCCACUACGCCAUGUGCGAUACGGAGAUCCUGGGCGAAGGAGCCUUUGGCGAGGUGAAGCUGGGCUUCCACGGCGGUGACAUGAAGACCAAGCUGGCCAUCAAGCGAAUAACCAAGAGCAAGCUCUCCACCACGAUGCGCGAACACCUCAAGGUGGAGGUCGACGUGCUGCGACGAUGCCUCCACCCCACCAUCGUGCCGCUGCGCGACGUCGUGGAGACCGAGGACGAUGUCUACUUCGUCAUGGACUACGUCAACGGCGGUGACCUGUUCGACUUUGUCGUCGCGCGCGGCAAGCUCGACGAGCCCCUCGCGCGCCGUGCCUUCGGCCAGCUGGCCGAUGCCGUCAACUACCUCCACAACCACCUCGGUGUCAUCCACCACGAUCUGAAGCUCGAAAAUCUUCUCGUCGACCUGUCCGCGGCCGACGACGUCUCGCUCAAGCUGAGCGACUUCGGCCUGUGCUGCACGGUGCAGCGCCCGACCGACAUCCUCACCAAGUUCUCCGGCACCGAGGCCUACUGCUCGCCCGAGGUGCUCGAGGGCCGACCCUACAACGGCAGCGCCAACGAGGUCUACGCCAUGGGCGUCAUCCUCUACAUUCUCGUCACCGGCGCCUACCCGUUCGACUCGGAGAUCGAGCUCCAGGUGGCCCAGCAGACCGACUACAGCCACCUCUCGUCGCUGCCCUUCCCUCGCCAGGUGUCGCGCGAGUGCCGCGACCUUGUGCUCACCCUGCUCGACCCCAACCCACGCAAGCGGCCCACCAUCGAGCGCGUGCUGGCCCACCCGUUCCUCCAGCCCUACGUCGCCACUCUCAAGACUCUCGAGACGCAGAAGGAGGAGCAAGACGAGCUCCAGUUCGCUCUCGAGCAGGAGCAGUACGAGCUGCUGGGCUGCGAGGAGGAGAUCAACGUGUGCGAGGUCUCCGUGGCUGACGAGGAGCAAGACGACGACACCGGUGACGACGAUGACGCCAUUGAUGCCUCGCACGUCGAGCUCAGCGUCAUGGUUGACGAAGACGACGACGACUUCGACGGCAUGCUGCAGUGA